UCAUCAGUUCUCAAGGUUAUAUCAAACACAGUCAUGAACAAUUUAGUGUCUCCAAUUCACCUCACUUGCAUGUCUUUGGACUGUGGGAGGGAGCCGGAGCACCCGGAUGAAACCUACGCGGACAUGGGGAGAACAUGCAAACAACACAGAAAUGACCCAGACCGCCCCACCUGGGGAUCGAACCCAGAACCUUCUUGCUGGAUUUUGUGACCUUGGCUGAUGAUCUACACCGGCUGUUAGAUGCUGCAGAAUAGUGUUCAUAGUUUUUACUCAUGUAUGAGAGGUGAAUAAGCAAAUGUGGCUCAGUGAUGGUAGUGGACACUUGAAUAUCUACAAAAAAUACAAGGGACAAUCUUUGGGUUAUAAAAUUAUAUACGAUCAGCCAUAACAUUAAAACCACCUCCUUGUAUGUAUACUCUUUUUCUAUCAGCUCUACUAACCAUAUAGUUUACUAACCAUUUACUGACUUUCCCUAUGGGAUUAAUAAAGUUAUCUAUCUAUAGGUGCACUUUGUAGCUCUACAGUUCCACUGUCGUCCAUCAGUUACUCUGCAUACUUUGUUAGCCCCCUUUUACCUUAUUCUUCAAUAGUCAGGACCUCCACAUGACCACCUCAGAGCAGGUAUUAUUUAGGUGGUGGAUCAUUCUCAGCACUGCAGUGACACUGACGUGGUGGUGGUGUGCCUAGUUUGUGUUGUGCUGGUAUGAGUGGAUCAGACAGCAUCGCUGCUGGAGUUUUCAAAUACCGUGUCCACUCACUGUCCACUCUUAAAUUAUACACACCUGCUUUGUUGGUCCACCUUGUGGAUGUAGUCAGAGAUGGUAGGUCAUCUGUUGCUUAUUAUUGUAUUACUAUUAUUGUUGUUGUUGUUCUUGUUGCUUAUUGUAGCUUUUAAGUUUACAUUAUCCACAGUAUUCAAUGAACUUUAAUUAUUUUGCAGCUGUUGUCUAAUGCUAGAAACUGUUAGCCUUUUAGCUAACGUUACCUGAAGUGUUUCAGUUCAGACUACCAGUUAACCUGAAACUCACUAGAUAACAUUACCUAACAGUUUCAUUUCCAAAUUACUCUCUAUCUUAAUAUAAAACUCAUUAAAAGACUUUCUGCUUACUUUUUGCUUAGUAAAAAGUUGUUAAGAUUAAACGUUUAUUUACCUCACACGAACGAACGAUUCCUCUUUUUCAACGGCUCGCGUCGCACUGUUGCUAUGGUGACGCUCGUUCCGCCGGCGCUGAAUCAGAGACUGGACGCUGGGCCACAGCUGGACAACCAGCGUCGGCGCGCACGCGUUUCUACAAGCACCAGCCAAACCCAGCUGUGGUAACAACUGGGCCGGAUCUGGCUACACUGAUUCUGGCCGAUUCUGACACUCGGCCGACUGUGCCGAUAGAAAAGUGGGAACUGGGCCAGAUGAUUGUGCUAGCUGGGAAAGGCUGCUUUUUGGUGGAACUGCCAGGAGAACUACAGUUCUUCAAUUCUCUAGUAACAAAGAGGUGAUGAAGAAGUUGCUGAUCAUCCUCCUGUUUCUCACAGGAGCGGCCCCCCUCGUCCUCCGUAAAUACUACUUGAUACAGCAGAGCAAAACGUGGAACGACUCGCAGACUUACUGCAGAGCCACGUACACCGACCUGGCUACCAUCGAAAGUGACGCCGACAUGCUCAAACUUCAGAACGAAGCUCUGAAACAACAGUUCAGUUCUGAUGCCUGGUUUGGACUUCACAAAGAAUUGCACGACUGGCGCUGGUCCAGCAGUAAUGGGCCACCAGGAACCGUGAACAAGUGGGCUAAUGGUGAACCAGACAAUAAGCAAUACCAGGAAGAGUGUGGGUUUAUGGAUGACUCUGGUACUUGGGGGGAUGCAGCCUGUGCAUUGUCAUGGCCAUUUUUGUGUUAUGAUGGGACAAAAACUGGUAGCGGCAAGUACGUCUACAUCUCUACCAGUAAGACCUGGUUUGACGCUCAGAGCUACUGCAGGCUGCACUACACUGACCUGGCCAUCAUAAGAGAUCCAACUGAAAAUUCCCUCCUAGGUAUAUUAUUCACGUGGAUGACUUGGAUCGAUCUGUUUAGGACCACCUGGAAGUGGCUAGACCAGACCAACCUGGCCAACAUCACCUGGAAGUCUGGACAACCUGAUAAUUCAUUAUCACUUGAAGACUGUGGUUAUUUAUCUAAUUUUCAGGCCGGUGAUGCUCGGUGCUCGGACCUCAAACCUUUCUUCUGUCAUGGAAUUAUAACAGGCCAGAAGCAGAUCCUGAAGUUCAAGGUUCGGUCAGAUCAGGACGUGAACGAUCCUGUAGUGCAGGCAGCAUUACUGGAGAAGAUCCAGCAGAAACUAAAGGAGCUCGGGAUGGAACAGAACAUCACGUUGAAAUGGAGAGAGCAAGCAGAUGGAGUGGUGUUCCACAAGAUUAAAAAUGAUACUAUAGUAGAAUAAUUGAGACUAAAAUAUAUUAUUGUUAGCAGAAUUCGUCUAGCUACAAUGCUACACUGUAUCGACUAACAAACAUCAUGUCUAAAUGUGGAAGUUCUGGAUAGUUGUUUAGAUGUUUAAUUAUAUAGAUCUGGUUAAAUAUAAAAUCUAAUUAUAAAUAUUCAUAAAAAUAGUCAUAGUUUAACAUAGUUAUCAAAGGAAGCAUUACUAGAUCAACCCUAGUAUGAAGACCCAUUUGCCCCCUUUCUCCCACAUCUCAAAAAUUAACAUGGACUACACUAGUACAGGUGUAGACAAUCAGUGUUAAUGAGCGACGUUUUCCCUGUGCUUCCCGUUGCUAAUAGAGGGAAUAAAAGUAGAUAAACCCAUUCCAAUUUUACAUGAUAUUUAUGAUAUUUUCUUUAUUAAUUAUAAGUAAUUCUUCUUACGCUUUACUUUUGAAACAUGGAAACCUGAAAAACACAGAGAACAUAUUAAUUGUAUUUAUGAAAUUACGCUUGUUGUGAAA